AACACUGAAAUUUGUCAUGGUUGCAUCAAACAUACAGCCCUCAGACCUUAGACAAAUAUGGACUGGCCUCUGGCCUCCCUACCUACCUGUAUGCAUUCAGGGGUCCUCGUAUCUCUUGUGACCAACGGCCGUUUUAUAAAUGCCGCUAGGGAAACGCUCGGGUUCAGUCACCUUGAAAAAGGAUGCAGAAAGCAGCGGUAGCACAAAUUACGUCCCAUCAGAAUGGAGGGUACUGCUACACACAAUGGCUCUACAACGUUGUUGGGCGACGUAACAUUUCGGAUCGCAUCAGCACCAACAGUAGACACCAGCCUUUACGGUCUGUCUUCCGAACAGGCUGAAUUCUUCAAGGCGCAAACCGGUAUUGACGACGACGAAGACUUGAAGAGGCAUAUCCUGGAGGUGCAGGCGAAAGCAUAUCAGGUUGCACCGUAUCCUUGCAUUCGUUCAUUUGUUUUCCUUCGGUUAAACUUAUCAAAUCUUUCGGUAUACGAACAUAUCCUUGAGCUUGGUCGCAAGCGCCCCGAUGCCGUGUUACUCGACAUUGGUUGUUGCUUUGGCACUGAUGGCAGAAAGGCUGCGGCGGACGGCUUUCCUGCCAAAAACAUCAUUGCAUCAGAUCUUUUCAACGAAUUUCUCCAACUAAGCCACGAACUGUUCAAAACGACACCAGCUUCUUAUCCCGGAUGCUUCCUACCUGGAGAUGUCUUUGAUCCGGUAUUUCUCUCCAUAGCUGCGCCGACGGACGACGUCUCUCCGGCGCCAGCUAUUGAUUUGUCCUCUUUGAAAUCCCUGAACCCCCUUCAUGGUCGCAUCAGCGUAAUAAACGCUAUUUCAUUCUUCCACCUCUUCAGCGAGAAGAAACAAUUCCUCGUUGCCAAAGCUCUCGCGGGUCUGUUAUCUGCGCAGCCAGGUUCCGUUAUCUGCGGUUACCACGUCGGAAGUCUCGAAAAAGGAAUAGUAAAUAACAGUCUCCCGGGCUCCGAGUAUGGGUUGUUCGCCCAUUCUCCCAAGACUUGGGCAUCUUUGUGGGACGGAGAGGUCUUCAAGAAAGGCAGUGUGAAGGUAGAAACAGAGUUGGUGGAAAUUGCGACUCGCGAUGUGCAAUUCUUUAUGAUGAAGUGGUCAGUGAUGAGAUUGUAGAUACACGCAUCGCGGUCGAUUUGAGGAAGUGCGUGUGUUACAAGGUUUGUCGAUAAUCUAGUUAUAGCUCAGGUUCAACCCUCUGCCAAUGGUUCAUAAUUCUACCAAUGUUAUCAACGAUACUAGAAUACAGCAGUAUCAUAUUGCCUGUACUUACAUCGGGUGUUACCCCGAGCGGUCGAU